CGUGUUUUGGGCUAAGUAUGUGAUAGUUUCUGUGCUUUGUAAACUUUGUAUCCUUAGUGCUCUCUGCUAGCUGUGUUUUGCCUUGUUAUUAAUUUGUUCUUUGUCUUUAUGUACUUUUUGCUAUGUCUGCUCGAUAAGUCGAGUCUGUUAGGACCAACAUCUCUGUUUUUGAAUAGGCCAGGGGCAAAGCCUGCGUACACAUGUCUUCCUCAAACCCUAUUCUCGAGCUGAGGGAUUUCAAAUCUCGGCACUCUAUUUGCGUUGAGCGUCCGGAAUAUGAUCGGGUUUUGUCCGAGAACGAUCAACUCCACUCGGACCGUGAGCGGCUUGCGGCCAAGGUCGGGCAACGUGAUCUAAACCGGAUUCAUGACCUCAAGGAGAUAGAAUUCCUGAGGAGGGACUUGGAGCGGCAGGUCAGAGAGCGUGAAUUGCAAGUUCGAGAGGAGGCAGAGCUUCACCGAAGGAGAUCAGAGGAAGAGCUGGAGCGAACGUGGCGUCGUCGAUCCGAGGAGGAAGCGAGGAAGGCGGCGGAAGAGGUCGAGCAGAGGUGGCGCCUCCAACAUGAAGAAACGGAACGUCAACUUUCUCAGCGGGCCAACGAGCUAAACCUGACCCUUAUGGAGGAGAGGCGUUCAGCUCGGAGUUCCCUUGAUGAGGCCCGCCGCUCGCUCGAGAACGAGCGUCUCACAUAUGAGGGACAUAUGGCUCGGAUGGAGGCUGAUCGCAUUUCAGACUAUGGUCGGGGUUUCUAUCGUGGAGGUUUGGAGGUCCAAGACCAAUUUUAUCGUGGACUGGAGCCUUACUCUGAUGGACUAGAUCCUUGGCUGAAGUUUGCAGGGGUCCCAAAACCCAUGGGACCAGAGCCUUCUUUCCUUCGUUCUUCUCCCUCGCCUUGAAUUUUCAAGUCACUAUUGUACUUUGUU